GGGAGCAGAGGGCGAGGGUCGGGGGCGCCACGCGGGAUACCGGCUGUAGUCCAGCCCCUCCAAACCUAGCGAAGCAUACGAUCUUGUAAAAGGGGUUACCCUCCUCUGGACCUCAGUCUGUGUGCCUGUUCCAAAGGGGCACAGUGGCACCUACAACCCCGCUCAUAAUUGCACCUGCGCUUUCCUCCCCUGGUCCAGCUCUGAUAAUGAUGGUGAUGGUGGUAGUUUAUUGAGUGCUUACUGUGUGCCACCGGACAACCCUGGUAUAUCCAUUUCACAGAGCUGGAUUCAAACCGAGGACCAAGGGACCCCAUGAUGUCUUGUCCCCUUGAGUCCCUUUCUUCUUACUCCCUAGGCCAGUGGGUCAGCGUGAGAUCUGGUUCGAAUCUUGGCCCUGCCAUUUCCUGGCAGAGGGAGUUUGGACAACUGACUUGGCUUUCCUGUGCCCCGGUUUCCCCCUUUGCAAAAUGAGGGUGAUUGUGCCCUUAUUCAGAGGGCUAAUAUGUCCUAAGUUCUGUGUGCUGAGCACCUCAUAGCAUGUCCCUGCAAGUAGGUGGAACUGUUUGUCCUAUUUUGCAGAAGGCUUAACUGAGGCUCAGAGCAGUAAGCAUUUUGCCCAAGGCCACAUGGAGUAAGUUACAGACUCAGGAAUCGAACCCAGAACGUCAGACUCUGGAGCCCAGACUCCUAACAGCUCCAAUAUAUUUCCUCAUCCACCACUCAGGGCCAAACAUCACCUGGGACCCUUUUUGGUCCGGUCCUGAACUCCCUUUCCCUUUCACUUCUACCAAUCAGAAGAGGGGACAAAAACAUUUCUGAAUCUUCUGUGCCUCUGGGGUUUGAUGGGCUCUGUGUCUUGAUGAUCACAGUAGUGGCCGGUACCCUUAUUUGGACUCUGUCCUCCCUCGAAGAUUUUUAUUUUGGCUCAAAUUGACCUUCGAGGUCCAGGGCAAGGGUUAGGGAGGCCUGAGGAACUCCUGUGGGCUCAGGGCAGUGCCUGUUUACCAACUGGCACAGAAUUAUCCUGCUCUUUAACCCACCAGCGUGGCCAUAAUUGUGCACCCAGGUGAAUGUCAGCCAUGCCCCCGUCGUGAGACUCAGACAGAGGGAUGAGAGGUGUUGGGGGACAAGGGGUUCUCCAAACCCUCCCUGCUCUGACGGUUGCCCCCUCUCUCCUCUUAGCCCGGCUCCAGUGCCCAGACCCAAGCCCCCCACUGCUCAAUGGACACCCCCAGCCCAGACCCGUUGCCUUCGCCUUUGCCUGGGGAGGAAGAGAAACCUCUGGCCUUACCUCCUUCUGUCCCCCGGGGCCGCCGAGGUCGACGUCCUGGGGGGGCCACCUCCUCCAAUUGGACGCGCAAGGCCUGCCUUCCUCGUAAGCGGGGCCGACCCCCCAAGUCAGGGCAGGAGACCCCGCUGGCGCAGGGGUUGACAGUCCCCGUGGGCAGCGGCGGUGGCAGCGAUCUCCUGCUGAUCGAUGAUCAGGGUGUGCCCUAUACAGUUUCUGAAGGGUCAGUGGCUGGAGGGCCUGAGGGCUCGGGCCCUAGGAAGGCCCCGCACUUCUGCCCGGUGUGCCUGCGGGCUUUCCCCUACCUCUCGGACCUGGAGCGCCAUAGCAUCUCGCACUCUGAGCUGAAGCCACACGAGUGCAAGGACUGCGGCAAGACCUUCAAGCGGUCCAGCCACCUGCGGCGGCACUGCAACAUCCAUGCUGGCCUGCGGCCCUUCCGUUGCUCGCUCUGCCCCCGCCGCUUCCGCGAGGCGGGCGAGCUGGCCCACCACCACCGAGUCCACUCCGGGGAGCGCCCCUACCAGUGCCCGGUCUGCCGGCUUCGCUUCACAGAUGCCAACACGCUUCGGCGACAUGCUAAACGCAAGCACCCCGAGGCCAUGGGGGCACCUGUGUGUCCCCCAGACCCAGGGCCCGAGCCACCGUGGGACGAUGAGGGCAUUCCAGCCACAGCAGGGGCUGAGGAGGAGGAAGAGCGGGAGGGGAAAGAGCUGGCUUGACUCACAGACUGGACUACUCCCUGGGCCAGGUUUACAGCUGGGGGUUCAGCUGCUGCUCCACCUGGGCAGGGAGGCCGGGACACCCUCAUGUCUGGUGGUCUUACCGUUGUGGGAGGGGAUUGUGGGUGAGCACCUAAACUUCCGGACCCUGCUGCCUUCUGCCACCCUCCCCUGGACUAACAGGCUCUUGGAGGCAAGGGCUGUGGAAAUAAAUCUCUGCCUUUUGGC